AUGGGAAAGAUAAUAUUCUAUGAGGACAGAAACUUCCAUGGUCGUAACUACGAGACCAGCGGUGACUGCCCUGAGGUGACCUCAUACCUGAGCCGCUGCUGCUCAUGUAAGGUGGAAAGUGGCUGCUUUAUGGUCUAUAAGCAGACCAACUUCAUGGGUCACCAAAUGCUGGUGAGAAGAGGAGACUAUCCUGACAACCAGCGGAUCAUGGACGCACACAUCAGUGACUGCAUCAGAUCCUGCAGAAUGAUUCCCAUGCAUAAAGGAACAUUCAGAAUGAGAAUCUUUCAAGGAGAGAACUUUAUUGGACAAAAAUACGAGUUGAUGGAUGACUGUGAGUCAAUCCAGGAACGUUUUCACAUGUCCGAUUUCAAGUCCUGUAAUGUCACACAUGGCCACUGGCUUCUGUAUGAACAGCCCAAUUUCGAAGGCAGAAUGAUAUACAUCAGGCCAGGGGAGUACAGCAGCUUUAAUCAUAUGGGUUUAGGCCCAGUGAAAAUUUGUUCCAUCAGACGCAUCAUGGAGUCCUGUUAA